GCACUCUUUGAUUUAGAGAGAGAAAAAGUGAGAGAUUUCGAACUCGAGAGGAGAGAGAGAUGGAGUAUCGGAGGGUGUAUGUAUGGGGAGGUGCCAUAUUCUGCUUUGUAGUUUUGAUGGUCGUCACCCCCUCCAUCCCCCAAUCCCAAGAAUACCACAAUUUCGCUGAUCAAAGAGAAUUUUUCGGAAUACCUAAUACAUUGAAUGUUGUUUCAAACUUCCCUUUCCUUCUUGUUGGUAUAGUAGGGCUUGUGAUUUGUUAUCAUGGAAACUAUUUCAAUUUAAGAUUGCAAGGGGAAUUGUGGGGAUGGACAAUAUUUUUUAUUGGCGUAGCAGCUGUUGCUUUUGGUUCUUCAUACUAUCAUCUCAAACCUGAUGAUGCUCGACUUGUAUGGGAUCGGUUACCUAUGACCAUCGCAUUCACAUCAAUCAUGGCAAUUUUUAUGAUUGAAAGGAUUGAUGAAAAGACUGGCACUAUAUCCAUCAUUCCUCUGCUUAUGGCGGGUAUAAUAAGCAUUUUGUAUUGGAGAUUCUUUGACGAUCUUCGUCCAUACGCUCUUGUCCAGUUUGUCCCUUGUAUUGCAAUACCAAUAAUGGCUAUUGUCAUGCCACCAAUGUAUACCCACUCAGCGUACUGGUUAUGGGCAGCAGGGUUUUAUCUUUUGGCUAAAGUGGAAGAAGCGGAGGACAAGUUAAUUUACAAAUGGACACAUCAUAUUGUCAGUGGACAUACACUCAAGCAUCUUUUUGCUGCCAUGGUACCUGUGUUCUUGACACUUAUGCUUGCAAAAAGGUCUAUCGAGCCAGAGAGAGAAAGUUUGCUUCAGUCAUGGCGUGUGUCUUGGGUUAGUUUGAAAGAUAGUGAAGGUCGGGCACGGAUAUUCAGGUGGAAUUACUCGACGGUAAGAACAAGACAGGAGGAGAAUGAUACGCCAUCAGAACCUCGCAAUACACUAGCAUAGGCCUUCCGGUCGAUGCGCAGAUAAGUCUAGUACACUUGAUAUGUUCUACAAGUUGGAAUCGACAUAACGUACAUGGGGUUCUCAGCAGGUCUGAAAGCUAACAAUAUACUGUGGCUUUCUUUUGUUUGGGAAAACAUUGUACAUAAAUACAGUCACUUGCUAUUAUUUUUUUUUAAAAAAAUAACUAUCUUGCUAUUAUUAUC